CAGCGAACUCUGCAAGGUGCAAGGUGCAAGGUGCAAGGAAAUUGGGUUGAGAAUCGAAGAUGAGUUCCAGCGAAGCAGUUGGCACCACGAAGAAGGGCGGAAGAGGCAAGCCAAAGACCUCAAAGUCGGUCUCCAGGUCGGCCAAAGCCGGGCUCCAAUUCCCCGUCGGCCGUGUCGCUCGUUACCUGAAGGCCGGCCGCUACGCCCAGCGCGUGGGCUCCGGUUCCCCCGUUUACCUCUCUGCAGUUCUGGAAUACCUCGCCGCUGAGGUUUUGGAGCUCGCGGGGAACGCUGCGAGGGACAACAAGAAGAGUCGGAUCAUUCCCAGGCAUAUUCAGCUUGCGGUGAGGAACGACGAGGAAUUGAGCAAGCUUAUGGGGUCUGUGACUAUUGCAAACGGUGGCGUUUUGCCCAACAUUCACCAGAAUUUGCUGCCGAAGAAGGCCGGGAAGGGCAAGGGCGAGAUCGGAUCUGUUAGUCAGGAAUUUUAGUUGAAUAGGAUUGGAUUGGAUGAUGUAUAGUCCUUCUAUUUCUCUGAUUAAUUUCUUCUCAUCAGACUACCUAUCUUAUUAUAUCUCUACUGCUUUUCAUCGUCUUUCUUUCGGUGCUUCCUCUCUUAUUAUCUCAAUUCGCCAUUAUACAAAAUUAAUGUGUAUUUUGUUUUUCUUUUUACCA